AUGGAUCUGGAGAUUGAGAUUGACAAUCAGCUUACCAUUGACAAACACAAAGACGAACACAAACAUCAGACCAUUACCAAGCCUAAGUCUAAGAACAGCACAGUGAUGUUGGAAGUUCAAAGAACCAGCAGUAGCAGCUUCAGCAGUCCCAUUCAAGCAGCUCAGAUUCCUGGUCCUGCUGCAGCCAUACAGGUGCCUCCUUCUGCUCCUGUUCCUACCAGUAGUAGUGCCUCCAUCAUGGCUCCUCAGCAUCAACAUCAGAAUCAGCAAGCGCCUUUCAAUCCCAUGGCUUCAGUACUUCCAAGUAGCAAUACCACAAACGGCAUCACCACCUCAACCAUCACCAAUGGAUUCAACAAUCCUUCCUCUUCUUCUUCAGCCGCUCUCCCACCCCCCACUCGAGAAUCCGUGCUACAACGGUUAAGUGAAGCACUGCUCAGACGGAGUCUCGCCAAGAUUGACCUAAGUCAAAAAGGAUUGGGUGCGUCCGAUGCCAGACUCGUCAAAAUGGCAAUCCUUCAAAAUAGACAGUUACGAGUACUCAAAUUGGGUUACAAUCAACUGGGAGACUCUGGAUUGCAAACUCUCACUACAGGAAUUGCUAAACACACACACCUACAAUCCAUUGACUUGGGAUUCAACAACAUUAGCGAUAUUGGAUGUCAGGCGCUCGCACAAGCCAUGCUCACACAAACGUGUCAGAUACAAACGCUCUACUUGGCGGGAAACUCCAUUGGACACGAAGGGGCCAUGGCUUUGGCGGACGUCAUUAGACGGCCGUCCGCUCUGGAACGAUUGUACAUGACGGGAAAUCGAUUAGGAUCGGAGGGAGUCAAGGCACUUACCGAAGCCAUUCUAGAAGAAGCCGCCAUCCGAAGAUCAUACCCCAACAACAACACGAAUUCGAAUACCAGUACGAAUGCUGCCUUGAGAGAUCAAACCAUGAUGACUAACAACGACGAUCAUGCUACCAACCCAACUACAACCAACUCUACCCUCAACAACGGCUCCAACGCCAAACCAUCGUCGUCGUCGUCACAUCGUAAUGGGAUGCAAGAACUCUUUCUGGGCGGAACGGGGUUGGGAGCCGCAGGAUGUCAAGCUAUUGCACGACUACUGGCGUCUCCCGAUUGUAGACUCAAAGUUCUCAGUUUGGCAAAUUGCGAUCUCACCGAUGAAGAAAUCACAAGACAAGACGGAGGCAUUGCAUUGGCCAUUAAAGGGAACCGGGACAAUCUUCCACUCAAAUCGUUGCAACUUUCGUUCAACGCCAUUACGCACAAGGGAUUAGAGGCACUCAUGAAUGCCUUGUGGGGAAGUAGAACUCUGCAAGAAUUACGAAUUGACAAUAACGAUAUCGGUGAUCGGGGAGCACAGCAGAUUGCCGCCAUUUUGCCUUACCUCAAGACACUCGAGACACUCGACGUGGGAUUCAACAACAUCAACAACAAAAACCACGGCAUGAAGAUUUUAAUGAAGGCUGUCGCCGAAACCAACAACUUGAAAACACUCAGUUUAUCGGGGAAUCCCAUGCAGGACGUUUCGUCCGCCAAAGCCGUCGCAUACGCCUUGGCGUACAACACGUCCCUACAAUCGUUGCUCGUCGUACAUUGUCAUUUGACCACUGAAGGACAGCGACAUGUCGCUGCCGGGGCUGUUUCCAACAGUCGAACGUCAGUCAGAGAAGUAUCGGGAUUUCCAAUUGGACCGGUCAUUGUCACUCUCGGCUUUCCAGAUGCUUUGGAACACUGGACUAACGAACAAGUCCUCAAUUUUAUUCAUCUCAUGUGGAACAAAACCAAGGCUGAGAAUGGAAAGUCGGAACACGAAGACGAACGGGGUUUGGAUCCUCUCAAUUUUUUACCUGGAUCGGCCGGUUCCGACAACAAACCGGGUCGUCGAAGUGGGCCUUUGGAGGCGACCAUUGUCGUUGACGUGGCGAGAAAAGCGUUUGCGAGUCUGGUGGCCAAUGGACGAGUCGAUGUCUUUUCAAGGCGGCCAGGGCAUCCAAAUGCCAUGACUUCUCCAGCAGUCUUUGCACCUCGGGACGCAAUCAUGCUGGAGUCGGUGGAUGGGGAUUCGAUCGUCGAAAGCAUGGGAGAAGUCGCGGUAUCCUCAACGCCGACGACGUCAUCCAACAACCUUUUGGGGCCUCUUGGAGCUACUGGAAGCACCCCAAACGGCGCAUUUUUAGGGUCCGCCGAAAAACAUCACAUGAACGGUUCAACUUCGUCCAUGGCUUCUGCCAAGAAGCAGGCACGUUCGUUCGUUGCGCCGCCACAAGAAAGAAGUGCGGCGAAGCACAGCCAGUUGCCGGACCCAUCGCGGAAAAAGCGAAUUGUGGAAUGGCUCUGUUCCAACAUCAAGCACCUCAACAAAAUGGCACAAGUACCGUUUGAUUCCAGCGAGUUGCUGAGGCUGCAUCAACACUACUUCACACCCGUGGUUAACGAAAGCGGUGGAACGAGCGUCUUCAACAACAGAGACAGCGCAGGCGGCAAUUCUGUACGGUCUUCGCAUCAGGCGUUCAGUGCGGCGGGUGUUCCGCUGGGGAGUGCCAUUAUGGAAGAAGCUUCUGUCUCCUCUUCGACAACAAUGCAGUCGGGGGAUGUUAACAUGGUCCCGUUGAGUGAUCCCAUGUUUACCGGUGGACAGGAACUGCGCACUCACAACCGACCCCAACAACGAAGUGGGCAACCUCAACAAGUUGCUUCGUCGCUUCCAAUGCUCAAACGGAAGGUCAGCUAUCGUUUCUUGGGCGACGCUGCUAUGCACCAACAAAGCAGCCCACAUCAACAACACUCUAGUCCAUGGAGCAACGCGUUUGGCGGUGGUUCCCAUGUCGGUAGCGUGUCAAAGAUGAUCCAAGACGGACCCAGUGGCCAUUCUCUUCCGCCAAAGAACAAAAAGGCACGACGCAAUCGCACCAGAAUAUCGUUCUUGCCGAGAGUUAAGGCCAAGCUAGAUUCUUACUUGGACGUGUGCCACGAGAAAGCUCUCAUCACGAUGCGGCAGCUUUACUACGUAGAACAAGCGAUCCUGAGCGGGCAGGUGAAUCCAUUGGAGGAGGGAACGCCACGGACACACUUGAGCGGUCCAUUGGCGACGGACGCAGAGACCAUCGUCGUGGACAUGAUGUGA